GCGAUUUAAAUAUUAUUCUUGAAUAAUUAACAAGGUCAAAAAGAAUUUACAUCUAUGAAGUAGAACAUUUAUUUAUUUGUUCAGUUUUAAUUAUUCAAUUGUGGUAAGUCUACAGAAAAAUAAAGCGCAUGCGCAACUAUACUCGUGUAUAACAACAGAUUAAAUAUGUGUUAGUAUUAAAUGACGUGAGCGCGCAAAUAUUCUCACAUAUUCGACCAGUGGUAAUGACAGCAGACGGCGAUUUACUUUGUUCAUAUUAUAACGUUGUUAAAAUUGACGUUCUUGCAUUUAUUUGGCAAAGUUGGAUAUUACUUAAAUCAUCGUAUCAGUAAUGUGAAUGGACAACUACGCGGAAUAGAAGAAUAAUAUCAAUGCUAACAGUAACCAGCAGGUCAUUGUGAAAGUGUCGAGUGUCCGAUAUAGCGCCAAGCAAAACAUGGAAGUAUUGGAUCCUAGUGUUACAAGAGACGAUCAGCCUCUGUGCAUCAAUGAUUCUCUAGACAGAGUUAAUGCAUCAUCUGUACCAACAGAUACAAAAUCAUGUAUAAAAGCAAGGUAUACGUUGGGUUUUUUAGGAUUUAUGGGAUUUGCUCUUGUGUAUGCCAUGAGAGUAAAUUUAUCUGUAGCUAUUGUUUCAAUGGUUAAUCAAACAGCAAUAUCACAUAAUGAUGAAAACAAUACUUCUGGCGUUUGUCGUAAAGAAAAACCCAUUAAUGGGACAUUUAUACCCAGUGCAGGGGAGUUUAACUGGGAUGAAAAGACGCAAGGUGUUAUAUUAGGUGCUUUUUUCCUUGGCUACGUAACUACGAAUGUCCCAGGUGGUAGAAUGGCAGAAAAAUUUGGUGGAAAACUAAUAUAUGGAUUAGGAGUGUUUCUAACUGCUGUACUCACUGUUAUUAGUCCUUUUGCAGCAUAUGCAGGAUUAAUACCAUUUUUAGCUGUAAGAGUAGCAGAAGGAUUCACAGAGGGUGUUACAUUCCCUGCAAUGCAUAGUAUGUUAGCACAUUGGGUACCUCCUUUAGAGAGAAGCAAAUUUGCUGCAGUAGUAUAUGCAGGUUCAAAUUUUGGAACUGUUAUAUCUUUACCAGUGAGUGGAUGGUUGUGUUCAUUGGAACUUUGGGGUGGUUGGCCCCUUGCAUUUUAUUUAUUUGGAGGACUUGGUAUUAUUUGGUAUGCAUUUUGGUUAAUUUUUGUGUUUGAUACACCUGCACAACAUACAAAAAUCGACCCUCUUGAAAGAGCAUUUAUUGAGGCUAGUGUGGAGAAGAAAGAUGAGGAUAAUGAUGCAGGAGUUCCAUGGUUAUCAAUAUUUACAUCAAUGCCUAUGUGGGCUAUAACAGUGACACAAUGUGGACAAGCAUGGGCAUUUUACACUCUUUUGACAGAAUUACCAACAUAUAUGGAUAAAAUUUUGCAUUUCGACGUGCAACAGGAUGCAUUUCUUUCAGCACUUCCUUAUUUAAGUUCUUGGUUAGUCGGCCUUGGUAUUUCAAGUUUCGCAGAUGCCCUUCUUGCCCGUCAGAUUUUAUCUCCCUUAGCAUCAUUCAAAUUAUGGAACACAGUGGCUUCAGUAGGACCGAGUCUCAGUUUUAUUGGUGCUAUCUGGGCUGAAUGCGAUCGCAUGACUGUUAUGAUGAUGCUUGCUGUACUAGGAUCUCUACAAGGAGCCGUUUAUGCAGGGAAUCAAAUGAAUCAUAUUGCUUUAGCACCCCGAUUCGCGGGAACCCUUUAUGGGCUUACGAAUGCGGCAUCAAAUGCUUGCGGAUUCUUAGCACCAUAUGUUAUUGGAAGAAUAGUUCAAGGACAUGAAACGUUGGCUCGUUGGCACACAGUAUUUUGGUUAGCAGCAGUAAUAAAUGUGGCAACUAAUUGCUUUUAUUUGAUCUUCGCAUCUGCUACGGAACAGCCUUGGAGUAAAGGUAGCAGUUGAUGACAAAAUUUUAUUAGACGUGAAAUAUUUAACAUAGAGAGUAAUUCAUCAUUAGACCGAGUUGCUCUCAGUUCAUUUUAAUUAUUGUCAAUUUGGCACAAAUUUUGUUUUUAAUACUAUUUUUAACGAAUUAACAACUUCUUAUUGAUUAAGAAGUCUUAACCUAUGUUUUUUGCAACAGUAUUUACUAUUACGUUAAUUUAGUUCAAGUACUGAACUUGUAACAUUCCAAAGAAACUGUUCAC